AUCGAGUAAUUAUAUCUUCCUAAUUCAUAUUCCGUUCUUGGUCCGCCAUCUGAUCGGGUUAAUCCCAUCAUUGGUGCUCUUGUUGAGAGAAUACUGUGAGAUAAGGCUGUGAGAUUAUGGCCGGGCGAAGGACGAGACGUAACCCUGCUACUUCUGCCCAGUCGACGGUGAGGAGUGACAACCCUGAGCAGGGUAUAAUUGUUCCUGUCAAUGGGUUGGAAACAGCGCUAAAUAAUGUGGCUAACAUGAUGGCAAACAUUAUGGAGCGAUUGGAUAAGGCUCUUCCAGGUCCAUCCGGAACCCGGGAUAUCCCACCCGGGCAACCUCGUCAGGUCCUGCGUACUGCGAGUUCUCCUAUCCUACAGGAGCUCCACGAUCCGGAGGAGGUUGAGAGGGAAAGGCGAGCCAUUGACAGACGCCGGGCGGAGGAAUUGGCCCGGAACAACAAGGUGAACGAAGGCCAGGCUAAGGAUCCAAGCCGGAUCUUCGGUGAUGGACACGAAAAUCCGCGGGGCUCUGUCUUUGAAAGGAUAUCUCGCCAGAAAGCUCACGUUAGUGAGAGGCUGGGGAAGAAUCCGGAAAAGGCACCCCAGGGUUGGGUACGACCUCAGGCCAGCCAAGUGGCGUCCUCCAAUCGCGAACCCCGGCAGCGAAAUGACCGAGGCGUGAGCCAUAUGCCGGUCCGGUCAUUGCGGAAUCUGGAGGAGGACGAGGUUCAAAGCCAAGCCAGGGUCCCAGCACCGCGGCGUCUUGGACCGCCGGUGCCGGAAGCUGGUGAAUUUCAAGACCUGAGACAGCAGAUCCAGGAGAUGCAGAGGAAGAUAAACAAGGGUCGAGUAUUCACUACUCGAACGAAUACUCCCUUGGCUCCAGAGAUCUUUGCGGAACCAUAUCCGCAGGGAUUCAAAGUGCCAUUUGUCAAGCGUUAUGACGGCGAAUCAGACCCCCAAGAGCACAUAAAUAGCUAUGUCCAAGUGAUGAUCGCCGUGGACGCCAGUGGCGCACUCAUGUGUCGGUGCUUCUUGCAGACCGUUGAUAGCAAGGUUGCAGACUGGGUCAACCAUAUCCCUGCCGGAUCAGUCCGAACGUGGGAUGAAUUGGGACUACGAUUCCUAGAGCAUUUUGCUGGGAACUGCCGCCCCAAAAAGCAUUUCACUCACUUGGCAUCAGUGCGACAGAAGCACGGAGAAUCCUUGAAGAAUUUCCUUAUCCGAUGGAGGAAAGAGUCCAGGGAAGUUGAAGGAACUGAUGAUAAGUCCAGGUUGGCUAUGUUCACGGCGGCAUUACAGGAUGGACUCCUUCACACCGAUCUCACUACACAUCCCCCGGAUAUCUUCGAAGAAGCGAUGGUCCGGGCUGGGAGGGCUUCCCGGAUGGCCCAAAGGGCGCAAGUCCCUGAGGUCAUGACCCACGUAGCACAGCAGGGGCUCAUGACUUACCCAACCUAUUCUCAGAAGGUUUGCAAUGUGGAAGACACUGGGAAAUGGUGUGCUUACCAUCGCAAAAAUGAUCACAACACAGAAGAUUGCUAUACUCUGAAAAAUGAGAUGGCAAGGCUGAUCCGCCGGAGUCAUCUGAAGAAGUUUGUAAGAGAUGGUGAUGCCGGGAAUCUCGGGAAUGCUCAGAAUGGAAAACGCAGAGAUAAAAAAGUAGCCCAGGCUGAGGCCCGGGAGAAACGCCACAUUGGACUAGAAGACGAAGAGGAAGAUUCGGAGCCCGCGCCGCAUCUCCAGAAGAGACACCACGGGUGUAACUUCGUCAUUGGAGGGCAUACUUGUGGGGACUCGGCCACAAGCCGGAAGAAGUGGGCUAACGCGGCAAUGGUCAACAAGGUGCUGGUCCCGGAAGGUAAGAAGUUGAAAACCGAGCCUAUUGUGUUUUCUAAUGCUGAUCUUCCAGAGACAGGGGUCCCUCAUAGGGACGCCCUAGUAAUUACUAUUGAUAUAAUGGACUUACUGAUCCACAAAACUCUUGUGGAUACGGGAAGCUCCGUUAAUAUCAUGUACAUGGACACAUACAAGGCUCUCGGUUUGACGAGAGAUGAGUUAUCACCCAUCAAGACCCUGCUGACCGGGUUUACUGGUGAUUCUAUUGAACCGGAGGGGGUGAUAACUCUCCCGGUUGAGAUAGGGGAUACUAAGGCCACCCGGAAGCUGGACAUGGAGUUUGUCGUGGCAACCAAACAGCCCGUCAAAUACGAUACCCAAGUGGGAGAGGUCACUGCACAGCUCUUGAGGGCUGAGGAAAAACGUCCCAGAGUGGAAGUUGCCGGUGACAUCGAAGAAGUGGAAUUGGAGCCAGGCACGCCGGGAAGUUUGGUGAGGAUCGGCAAGGACCUGGGGGCUGAACUCAGAUCACGAGUGAUUUCAGUCCUCAGGAGGUUCAGAAGGGUCUUUGCAUGGAGUCCAGCUGAUAUGCCAGGGCUGGAUCACAAGAUUGCUGUUCAUCGCCUAAAUGUUCUGCCGGAAGCCAAACCCGCUCACCGGAUUAUUGUGCUCACCAAUGAGCCAUUGGCGUCACUUAGCCGGAGCCCGGCGGCAUCGGCCCGGAUGACCAAGUGGGCGGUCUUUAUCAGUCAGUACAACGUGGAAUUCAGGUCGCGCCCAUCCAUCAAAGGGCAAGCACUCGCUGAUUUCCAAGUCGAGUGCACCGCUAGGGAAAUGACGAGAGCCCAGGUUGAAACCCGGAUGGAGAAAGAUUGGUGGAUAAUGUGCAUCGACGGAUCUUCUGGGUCUCGAUCUUGCGGAGCAGGUAUCGUCUUGGUCACCCCAGAAAAUUUCCGGAUUUAUUACGCCAUCAGAUUUCAGUUCCGUGUCUCCAACAAUGAAGCUGAGUAUGAGGCCCUGAUCAAUGGUUUGAAGAUUCUUGGUAAGAUGGGAGUAUCCAGGGUUCAAGUCUACAGCGACUCCCGACUGGUGGUGGGACAAAUCACAGGGGAGUUUGAGGCAAAGGAAGAGAGGAUGAAGAGGUACCGGGACUUGUCUCUAGAGAUGUUGGGAAGGUUUGAGUUUAAGCUUGAACAUAUACCCCGGGCCCAGAACGCAGAGGCCGAUGUUCUGUCCAAGCUCAGCGCAGAAUCACCGGAAUAUAUGGGCAGAUUAGUAACUGUCGAAGAGCUGGUAACCCCGAGUCUUAGUACCAAUGAGGUGAUCUGGGUAUCAGCUGAUCCCCCGGAAUGGUUGGACCGAUUGGCCAAAUACAUUGAGGACGGUGAAGCCCCAGAGAAUCCCCAGGAAGCGCGUCUAUUACAAAUGAGGGCACCAACCUACAAGGUGCACGAUGGAGUCCUCUAUAAGCGGUCUUACAACGGUGUCCUACUCCGUUGCCUUAGAGCAACAGAGGCGAAGGCAUUGAUGGAAGAAAUACACGAAGGAGAUUGCGAAGAGUAUGUACGCAAGUGCCUGACUUGCCAGCAAUUCCAGAAUAUACCCGGGAGACCAGCCACUAACUACACACCCAUCAGCUCCGUGAUUCCCUUCUCAAGAUGGGGAAUUGAUCUUGUGGGAGCCCUGCCAAAAGGGGCGGGGCAGGCAAGGUGGAUUGUGGUGGCAAUAGACUAUUUCACAAAGUGGGUGGAGGCUGAGCCACUUGCAGGGAUCACCGGAAGGCAGAUGAUCGACUUCGUUGGGACUAAUAUACUCUGCAGGUUUGGGGUCCCGAAGCAGAUUAUAUCAGACAAUGGAACCCAGUUUGAGGAAGCAGAAUUUNCUUGGAUCACCGGAAGGCAGAUGAUCGACUUCGUUGGGACUAAUAUACUCUGCAGGUUUGGGGUCCCGAAGCAGAUUAUAUCAGACAAUGGAACCCAGUUUGAGGAAGCAGAAUUUCAAGACUUUCUCAAAACUUGGGGAAUUCAGCACACAAAGGUGUCUGUUGCGUACCCUACGGCUAAUGGACAAGUGGAGAACGUCAACAGAACAAUCAUAGACGGAAUAAAGAAGAAGCUACUUACAGAAGGAAGCAAAUGGGUAGAUGAACUGCCCAAAAUCCUGUGGACAUACAGGACGACUCCGAGGAGAGCCACGGGUGACACUUCUUUUGGCUUGGCGUAUGGUUUUGAAGCCCGGGCCCCCGCCGAGGUAGUAAUCCCCACCAGGAGAGAAAUGGAAUAUGACCCGGAGGUGAAUGAACAGAAUCAGGCCAUAGAGCUGAAUUUCGUAGAAGAACGAAGGGAUGAAGCACGUAUCCGGGCAGAAAAUUAUCGUCGCCAGGUAAAAUCUUACUUUGAUAGCAAGGUGAAACCAAGGGCAUUCCAGGUGGGGGAUUAUGUUCUGAGGAAACGAGAGAAGAGUCAACCAACUAAAGGUGGGAAGCUGGCCAAGAAGUAUGAAGGACCUUAUAUCAUCAAGGUCGUAGUUCGCCCAGGUACCUACAAGUUGGUGACUCCCAAGGGGAAAGAAAUUGAUAGGACAUGGAAUGUAGAGCACUUGGUCAAAUUUUAUCAGUAAAUCAUUUUGUAAAAAUACUCUGUUUUUAAUUUCAAAUGUUUGUUUCAUU